GCAUCAGCCGGCGAGCAGCUGAUAUGACAGGAGGAUACUGUAUCACUCCGAGCCAUGAGAAGCUCACUUAAAAACUUCACCUAAGGACCCAGGCUGGUGUCGAGAGGACGGAGAAGAAGAAGAAACGCUCUGGUUGUUUUUUUUCCCUCUUUUUGAUGCAAUGGGAUUUGCUACUUUCGUAUGAAGAGGCGGACCUAUGAGACGCUACGAGUUCAACAUGCUGAAGCUGUCCCCGGUGUUUGUACACUGGAAGUACAGAGACUGUUUUCUUCCAACUCACAGCUCCACGUAAGGAUUUAAUACAGCGUUUUGAUAUCACCGGUAGCUCACGGAUACCCACGGUUGAAGAGCUGCUACGGUUUUUUCCCCUCUCAGUGUGUUUUUGUUUUGGACAGGGAAUUCCUUCAGAUAGGGCUGCAUGUGCUUCUCUUCCAGCUGCCACCACACGGUCGUUUUUUGCUAGCUGAUACACAUUUUUUUGUAUUUAUAAAAUUAGAUAUGGGGUGCUUGCUUGCUGUAGCUCGCAGCAGUCAUCCCUCUCAAACAGCCGGUAAAGCCAUUAGAGACUAUUAGUAUAUUUUUUAAAACGGGGUCUUCUUUCAGAGUAGUUUGACCCACCAUGAACUAUUAUUUUGUAGGUGUUUUUCACGCUCCUGUAAGAUUUUGUGCCAGCUCUUGUUUUUUUUAGCUGUUAGCUCGUAGGGUUUGCAAACAAGUGUACUGCGGGGAUUUUUUUUUUUUUUUUUUGAAGUUGGUGCAUUUUCUCGUGACACCACUCAGAAAGACAGAUUUUUUAUUAUUAAUAUUUUAUUUUUGGCUGGAUAUUGCUGCUGUGUUGUACAGACUGAACCUGAGAUUUUUCUUUUUUUUUUGUUGUGGUAUUUUUCGGGAUUGCCCCAGCGUUUUAACCCACCACUGGAUACGAAUUACUAAGAUUUCCACCUCCUUUUCCACCAUGAGUUACAUCCACAAGGUACUGAAUGUAUUGCUACGUGGACUCGUCAUCUAUGCGGUACUGGGCUUGGAGUGCACUUACUCGAAUGAUCUAGCCAGCCACUCGUCUGAUGCUGACAAUGUAGCCACCACAGAUCCCUGUCUUAUAGUGAUGCCGCCAUGCAUGGGCGAGGCCGACCGCUUCAGUCUGGACGCGCUGCGGCACAUCCACAAACAACUGGAUGACGACAAUGAUGGGGGAAUAGAGGUCAACGAGAGUGUGGAGUUCAUAAUAGAAGACAUGAAGCAGCAGCAAACCAACAAACACAGCAACCUGCACCGCGAAGACCAGCACAUCACUGUGGAGGAGCUGUGGAGGAGCUGGAAAACCUCUGAAGUCCACAACUGGACCGUAGACGACACGGUGCAGUGGCUGAAGGACUCGGUGGAGCUGCCGCAGUACGAGAAGAACUUCCGGGACUUCCGGCUCACAGGGAACACUUUACCUCGAAUAGCGGCAAAUGAACCGUCGUUUAUGUCGAUGCAGCUGAAGAUAUUAGAUCAGCGGCAUAAACAAAAAUUAAACCUAAAGGCACUAGAUGCGGUGCUUUUUGGCCCUCCUCUUCGUCCACAACAUAACUGGAUGAAAGACUUCGUCCUGAUGGUUUCCAUAGUGAUUGGCGUUGGGGGCUGCUGGUUUGCCUAUGUGCAGAACAAGUCCAGCAAGGUGCAUAUUUCUCAGAUGAUGAAGGAUCUGGAGAGCCUGCAAAAUGCUGAGCAAAGCCUCUUAGACCUGCAGAGCCGGCUUGAAAAAGCUCAGGAAGAAAACCGGACGGUGGCUGUAGAGAAGCAGAACCUCGAGCAGAAGAUGAGGGAUGAGAUCACCGGGGCCAAAAAAGAGGCUCACAGGCUUCGAGAACUGCGAGAGGGCGCUGAAUGUGAGCUUAGCCGGCUCAAAUAUGCAGAGGAGGAGCUAGUACAGGUGCGAAAGGCUCUAAAGCGAGCAGAGAAAGAGAUGCAGACGGAGCGCUCGGUGCCUGAAGCUCUUCAGAAGUGGCUCCAGCUCACACAUGAAGUGGAAGUUCAGUACUACAACAUCAAGAAACAGAGUGCUGAGUUUCAGCUGUGCGUCGCCAAAGACGAGGCAGAAAAAAUCAAAAAGAAGAGAGGUUCUGUAUUUGGAACUCUUCAUGUUGCCCACAGUUCAUCACUGGAUGAGGUGGACCACAAGAUACUGGAAGCAAAGUAA